AGAGCUAAGUUUACCACAAGGAAGGACGCAGCAAACUGACCAGCAGCUGAAAGAAAAGCAUUUCAUUUGAUUUUACUUUGUUUUUUCUGAGGAAAAAGGAUCCUGCAAGAUGCAGUCGUGCGCCAGGUGUGGGUUUGUGGUCUACCCAACAGAAAAGAUCAACUGCAUUGAUCAGAAUUGGCACAAAGCUUGUUUUCACUGUGAUGUCUGCAAGAUGGUCCUCACUCCAAAUAACUUUGUCAGCCACAAGAAGAGGCCAUACUGCUCCGUGCACAAUCCCAAGAACAACACAUUCACAAGCGUUUACGAGGCCCCCAUCAACAUCAAGGCGAAGAAGCAGGGCAAGUCAGGCAGUGAGCUGAAGUAUUGCAACGACGGCGAGCGCUUUCAGUCCACCUUCCACUAUGACAUGAAAUCCAUGGAGAUGGAGAAGGCUCGCCUGGCCGGUCAGGAGGUCAGCCAGGCCUUUCAGUCUCAGUCGGAGUUCUCGCAGCAGCAGGAGGCCUGGUAUUUAGGGACGGUGACCAACCAGGAAGUAGUGACGAUGUGUCAGGCACAGAAGACAGUCAGUAAUAUGGAAUACUCAGAAGAAUAUGGAGAGUCUAAAGGAAAAGGCAGCUUUCCUGCCAUGAUUACACCAGGUUACCAAGCUGCAAAGAAUGCCAACACUUUGGCUAGUACUCUGGAAUAUAAAAAAGGACAUGAAGAAAGAGUUUCAAAAUACACAACAUUUGCUGAUCCGCCUGAGGUGCUUCUGGCCAAGAAACAAGGACAAAUUGUCAGCGACUACGCAUACACAGAGGAACACGAGCAGCAGAGGGGGAAAGGUAGUUUCCCUGCACAUCUCACCCCAGGAUACAAGAUAUCAAAAAAGGCCUCUGAGCAGGCCAGUGACAUUAAGUACCGUCAGAUGUACGAGCAGGAGAUGAAGGGAAAAGCCAGCACUGAGGCGGCAGCAGCCGAAGUGCUUCACGCCAGAGAGAAUGCAGAGAACUUCAGCCAGAUCGCUUACACUGAAGAGUAUGAGCAGCAGAGAGGUAAAGGAAGCUUCCCGGCAAUGAUCACUCCUGGAUAUCAUCAUGCAAAAAAAGCUCAAGAAAAUGCCAGUGACCUGAAAUACAGGAAGGACCUAAACAAGAUGAAGGGCACGACCUGCUUCCACACUCUGAGCACUGAAGACAAUCUGAGCCUGAAAAACGCCCAGAAAAUCAACAAGCUUGUUAGUGAGGUGGAGUACAAGAAAGACUUGGAGAACACCAAAGGACACAGCAUCAACUUCUGUGAGACGCCACAGUUUCAAACUGCUGCCAAGGUCGCAAAGUUCACCAGUGAUAACAAGUAUAAAGAAAAAUAUACGAGCGACAUGAAGGGGCACUAUGAAGACUCUGGUUUGGACAAGAGGACUCUGCAUGCCAUGAAAGCCAGGAAGCUGGCGAGUGAUAUUACAUAUAAACAGGGUCAGGAGCAGGAGCAAGGGGAGUACAACUACCCAGCUACUCUCACACCAGGCUACCAAAGCCAGAAGAAGCUCGACCCUCUGAAGGAUAAGAACUACAAGCAACAUAUUGAGCGGGUCAAAUACAAAUCUGUGACGGACACACCCGAGAUCAUUUUAGCCAAGAAAAACGCUCAGCUUGUCAGCAACUUGAACUAUAAAGCAGGCUAUGAAAAGACGAAGCAUCAGUACACGUUAUCCCAGGAUCUGCCAGAAAUUCAAAAGGCCAAAGAGAAUACUGCUUUGUGUAGUGAUAUCAAAUAUAAAGAAGAAUGGCAGAAGACAAAGUCUAAGGCUUGUGAUAUCGGUGUGGACGACCUGAGCGUGAGAGCUGCCAAAGCUUCCAGAGAACUGGCCAGUGAUAUUAAAUAUAAGGAGUCCUACAUGAAAAACAAGGAGAAGGCAGUCGGGGUGAACAUGAGCGACUCCAAGACUCUGCACUCUCUUCAAGUGGCCAAGAUGAGCAGCGAUAUUGAGUACAAAAAGGGCUGCAAGGAGAGCCAGGCCCAGUACAGCCUUCCUCUGGACAUGAUCAACCUGAGCCAUGCCAAGAAGGCUCAGGCCCUCGCCAGCGACCUGGAAUACCGCACGAAACUCCACGACUACACCGUCAUGGCCGAUGACAUCAAGGUCCAGCAGGCCAAGAAGGCCUACUCUCUCCAGAGCGAGAACCAGUACCGUUCAGACCUGAACUGGAUGAAAGGAGUGGGCUGGGAGGCCGAGGGAUGCCUGAACAUUACUCAGGCCAAGAAAGCUGGAGAGAUGCUCAGUGAUAACAAAUACCGUCAAAAGGCCGACAAGAUCAAGUUCACGCAGGUGGCUGACGAUCUCUCCACCAAACACGCCAAGAAGUGUCAGGAGCUGCAGAGUGAUCUGGCAUACAAAGCAAACACAGAGCAGAUAAUACACCAGUACACCAUGACAAAAGACGAGCCCCUUUUCAGACAAGCUAAAGCCAAUGCUGACCUGCUCAGUGCGAAAACCUAUAAGAGCCAGUGGGAGACGCAGAGAGACAAAGGCUUCGAGCUUCGUCUGGACUCUCUGUCCAUAAUGACAGCCAAAGCCAAGAGAGACCUGGCCAGUGCUGUCAAAUACAAAGAGGAGUAUGAGAAAAGCAAAGGCAAAGUGAUUGGCAUCAAGUCGGUGAGCGAUGACUCUCAGAUGGCUCAUUCUGCUCUGGCCACCAAACUUCAGAGCGAUCAUCACUACAAGAAGAGCUACGAGGACGCCAAGACUAAAUACAGCGUUUCUCUGGACAUGCUGAACAUCAGCCAUGCCAAGAAAGCUCAAGACCUCGCCACCGAUAUCAAGUACAGGACUUUCCUCCAUGAAUACACCACUCUGCCGACUGACCUCAACGUGGCCUGGGCUAAGAAGGCCUACGAACUACAGAGCGAUAAACAGUACCGCUCGGAUCUGAACUGGAUGAAGGGCGUCGGCUGGGAGGCCUCGCAGUCUCUGGAUGUCCAGCAGGCAAAGAAAGCUGCAGAUCUGGCCAGCGAAAACAAGUACCGUCAGGAUGUGAGCUCUCUGAGAUUUACCAGCAUUGAUGACACUCCAGAGAUGAUUCAGGCCAAAGCCAGCAACAAACUGGCCAUUGAUAGGUUGUACAGAGAGAAAGGAGAAAACUUAAAGCACAACUACACAGUAAACAAAGAGUUGCCUGAGCUGGUGCAAGCCAAGAUCAAUGCCCAAAACAUCAGUGAGAGUCGUUACAAAGAAUCGUGGAUGAAACUGCGUGAUGGAGGCUACAAACUGCGCCUGGAUGCUAUUCCUUUCCAAUCAGCCAAAGCGUCGUCAGAGAUCCUCAGUGAUCAAAAGUACAAAGAACUGUUUGAGAAGAGCAAAGGGAAGAUGAUUGGGCUCAAGACACUGCAGGAUGACUUGAACAUUGCUCAUUCAGUUCAUGCCAGCACGUUACAGAGUGAUAUAAAGUACAAACAGAAGUCUGCAAAGGAGCUCUCCAAGUUCCACCUGUCCAUGGACAUGAUGGAUGUUGUUCACGCUAAGAAGGCCCAGUCACUGGUCAGUGAUCAUGACUACAGGCUGUCCCUGCAUCACUACACCUCGCUACCUGAUGACAUGAAGCUGCAGGCUGCCAAGAAGGCGUACGCCCUGCAGAGUGAGAAAGUGUAUCGCUCUGACCUGAAUUACUUGCGAGGUGCCGCAUGGAUCGCUACUGGAGCUCUGCAGAUUGAAGGAUCCAAGAGGGCUACAGACCUCAUCAGUGAGAAAAAGUACCGACAGCAGCCGUACAAAUUCAGGCACACAGUUGUUGCCGACUCCCCAGACAUCAUCCACGCUAAACUCAGUGGUCAGAUCACAAAUGAGCGUUUGUACAAAGAAAAAGGGAUAAACGACCAGCACAGCUACACUAUUACAAGUGAAAGACCAGAGAUCACACAGGCAAAGAUCAAUGCUGCCAACUUCAGCGAGAUAAAGUACAAAGAGUCCUGGCACACACUGAGAGCUCAGGGCUACAAACUCACCAUGCAGGACAUCCCCUUCCAGGCCGCCAAGAGCUCCACGGGCAUUGCCAGUGAUUAUAAAUACAGACACAACCAUGUGCUGGAGAAAGGGAAACACAUUGGAAUAAAAAUGACAGACGACCCAUACCUCCUCCACUGCCUGGAGGCCGGCCGGCUGGCCAGCCACCAGGAGUACCGCAGGGAUGCUCUUUUGACCAGCGGGCAGUACCAUCUCACGCCGGACAUGAUCCAUCUGGUGGCGGCUAAGAACGCUCAAGCCCUGGCCAGCGACCAAGACUACAGGAAGAGGCUGCACGAGUACACGGUGCUGCCUGAUGACAUGAAGGUCAAGUGGGCCAAAAAGGCUUACAACCUGCAGAGUGAGAAACUCUAUAAGUCAGAUCUGAGUUUUAUGAAAGGAGUAGCCUGGGAUGGAGUCGGUGCACCUCAGCUAGAGUCUGCUAAGAAGGCCGGAGAACUAAUAAGUGAAAAGAAGUAUCGCCAGCUGCCAGACAGGCUCAAGUUCACCUCUGUGACUGACUCUCCUGACAUUAUCCACGCCAAGACAAGCUAUCAGCAGUGCAGCGAGAGGCUGUACAAAUCUGGGAAAAAUGACGACAUGCAUAAAUACACCUUACACCCAGAUGACCCGGACUUUGUCAGAGCCAAACUCAACGCCCAGCAGAUUAGCGAUAAAAUUUAUAAGGCGUCCGGGGAGCAGGUGAAGACGUCAGGCUACGACCUGAGGCUGGACGCCAUUCCUUUCCAAACGGCCAAGGCCUCCAGAGAAAUUGCCAGUGAUUAUCGCUACAAGGAGUCUCAUCUGAAGGACAAGGGCCACCAGGUGGGCCUGCGCUGUGUGGAGGAUGACCCCAAGAUGGUGCACUCCCUGGCAGCCAGCAAACUCCAGAGCAACCUGGAGUACGCCCGUCAGUCCAAGGAAGAGCACGCCCACUACAAAAUCAGCACCGACCAGCCCGAGUUCCAGCAUGCCAAGAAAAGUCAGGCUCAGGCCAGCGACCUCGCCUACAGGCACAAGCUCCAUGACUACACCUGUGACCCCGAGCAGCUCACCAUCAAGCACGCGAAGCAGGCCUACAAGCUGCAGAGUGAUGUGAACUACAAAUCUGACCUGAACUGCAUCAAGGGGGUGGGAUGGACCCCCCCUGGCUCCCACAAGGCUGAGAUGGCUCGCCGAGCUGCAGAGCUGGGGUUCGCUGAGGGAGUUACCACCGAGGAGGCUAUUGCAAAGUACCAGCACAUGCUGCGUCACCAGCAGCAGAUGGAGCAGCAGCAGCAACAACAGCAAACUUCAGAGCAGGUGGAGACCAGCGAGGAGGUUCAACGAGGCGUCAACAUGGACGCCACGGAGGUGCUUCAGGUCAAGAGGAAGAAGACCAUCCAGACGGUCCAGAAAAAGUCCUCUACCGUCACGACUUCGUUCAGAUCCAUGGAGAAGAAAUCCAGCUCCACCUCGUCCUCUUCCACAGCCGCCAUCCAGAACACAGUGAAAACAAAUCUAUCCAGUAAAGCUGCAAUAGAGAAUGCAUAGAGCAGAGGUUUUAUAUCGAUUUUGCAUUGAUUGAUUUUGCUGCAAGAGCAUGGUUUAUUUUUAUUUUUUUAAUUUUGAUAAAACGACUAUUGAGAGAUAUGUGGGGCUUUCAAAACUGAACUGCUGUAGCUGCAAUGAAGGAGCUCAAGCAUGUUGAAGAUGGACAGGUUCUUGUCAGGUGAAAAAAUGGUGGAGGUAUACAGGUAUGUGCAGAACAAAGGGGACUUCUUGGCUAAUUUUCUCAAAUCUACUAAACGUUUUAAACAAUUUUUAGAGGACCAUUGUUGUUACAGAUUCAAAAAAGAGAAAGGUUAUAGAAACUGAAUUCAGAU